AUGGCAUCAGGAUUUAACAUUGACGAAAUCACCGUGUGUUCAAUCUGCUUUGAAAAGUUCAAAAUUCCGCGAUAUCUACCGUGCAUGCAUUCUUUUUGUCACGGAUGUUUAUCCUCUUACAUUCUUACCGCAUGUAAAGCUACGGAAUCUCGUUUGGGUUUUAAUUGUCCAUUAUGCCGUACGUUUAUUCCUUGCAUUGGAGAGACCAAUACGCCAGAAACGUGGGCGGAACUCUUUCCUGAGAAUGACAUUUUGGAAAAAUUAUCAGUUAAACCAGAAAUUACAUUUUGUCAGGCGUGUUUGAGAGAAAAUGAACAGGAGAAUGCUACCGAUUUUUGUUUAUACUGUGUAGAACGUUUGUGUAAAAUAUGUACAAAAAGUCAUAGAAGAGGACUGACAACGCUUGAUCAUGUGAUGAUACCAAUAAAAGAGAUGAAUGGAAUGUCUCUUACUCCAAAGGCCACUCAUGGAAACAAUUGUGCAAAACAUCGAGAUAGAAAGUUGGAAUUAUUCUGUAAUGAUCAUGAAGCACUAUGCUGCACAAUGUGUGUGAGUUUGGAACAUAGAAAAUGUGACAGUAUUAAUACAAUGGAUACAGCUGCAACUAAUGUAAGGAAAUUAUUGACCAAAAAUUCCGAAAGAUUAUUGGAAGAUGUGCAAAUUCUAGAGAACAAAUUAUCUGAUGCGAAAUCGGAGCAAGAAAGAUUUGUUGUUCAACUGAAUAACACUGCCGAUUUGUGUACAGAGACAACCGAAAGAGCCUUCGACAAUGCCAUUGAUCAUCUGCAAGGCUUAAAAAAUGAUUAUUUAACAAAAAUGUCUAAGGCUGUAAAGAAAAGUAAGGAGAAAUGCGAGAAAUGUUUAGACGCUUUCACUGACGGCAUUCAAUGUACAGAUUUCUGUACAAGAAAUAUCGAGGGAGCUAGAAAAGAAGUGAACGAUGUUAAAUUGGUGAGGGCGUUUUAUAAAAGCAGAAAGACAUUAGAUGAACUAAAACGUUACAAAUUUAACCAGAUUAGAGUAGAUAUUGUGGAAACAGAACCACCUAUCCUGAAUGAAAUUAUGAAUUUGAAAAGUCUUCAGGAGGCAAUCGUUGCCGAGUCAGAACUUGAUGUUACAUCUGACCUGAGGAAGAUCCUGUUGUCUCUCGUUCAUGAAUUCAGCAUAAACACGGGAUAUGUUCGCGACGGAACCUUUCUAUCAAAUAGAGAGUUUAUUCUCUCUACCAGAAAAAGUCACCGUUCAGGAACUUCCGAUGAAACAUGUUUUGUAUACAGCAGUAGUUGGGAAUGUAUCAGAGAAAUAAAAUCAUCAUAUAAACCUUUUGGUAUUUUACAGAAGGGGAAUGAAGUGUAUUUAGGUUGUACAUCUUCAAAGGUUAUUGAGGUGAGGUCAAUUCGUACGUACGAAAAGAUAAAGACAAUACGUGUACCAAAAGACAUCUAUGGAAUAGCAUCUUAUCACAACUUUCUUUUCGUAGCAUGUGACGACAAAAUUUUACAGCUAAACCAGUAUGGAGUGAAAGUCAAGGAAAUCAACACAGGGGCCAGUGUAAAAAAUAUUAUACUCAUAAAGGACGACAUUGUCUACAGCAACAGAAAAACGCACACGGUGACGCGUAUUAACAGUGUUGGAACACAAUUCUGGUCCUACAGUAGCGUGAGUCUGAAAUCUCCAUGUGGUGUUGAGAAAGACGCAGAAGACAAUAUCUAUGUGGCGGGUAAAGAGAGUGACAAUGUCCACGUGUUAUCCUGUGAUGGUGAACUUAUAAGAAUCUUCGAGGAUAUUCCAAGGCCGGACUUUAUGAAAAUAGACAGAGACAGAAAGUUGUGUUGUGUCUGUAGUCAAAGGAAAAACAUUCAAGUCUUUGAACUGAAAUAAUUGCUCUAAAAAAUACUUAUCUUUUGAACUGGAAUGAAAUCCAGGGAUAACUUUUAAAUGAUUCAGGAGAUAACUAUGUAGUGACAUGA